UGUCUCUAGAAAGCUCCGUGUUUUACCAGCCACUUCAGAACAGUUGAAUUUAUGCAUUACAAGUCCUGAAAACGCACUGACAGCCCGCCAGCAUAGUGCAAAACAACGGAGGAAAAUAAGCGGUGAUCUUGUUUUAGAGUAAAAGCGUAAUUAUGGUUAAAAAGUGGGCAGCGCAGAGGUCGACAUCACCGCCCACUUUCUGAUCAUAGCAGGUUGUGCGGCCUCCACUGUUUUGAUUCACAGCUCGGACAAGAGGGGCAGAGAUGGCGGAAGACUGGAAGUCCGGGUAACCACUCCAAGCUACCAUACUACCGAGGUUAAACUUCGUUGUACGAAACAAAAUAUCGGUAAAGCUGGCAGCUUUGUACGGUACUCGAUUCCGCCCGGAGGACAUGGAGACAUCGGCGGAGGGAGAGGCGGAGGAGCGCAGGAGGGAACACUGGAAGUUACUGUCCAGCCUGAAGACCACUGUCGAGGGUCUUGUGUCCACCAACAAUCCCAACGUGUGGUCACGUUAUGGUGGCCUGCAGCGGCUCCACAAAGACAUGAACAACAUCCUGAGCCAUGGACUGAAGAAUGAACAGGUGUACUACAAGCAGAGAGAUUAUUGGCCAUUUGUAUGGUGUGUUCGCUACAUCAGCCCCCACCUCGCCUCACAUGUUGAACAGUUCAGUCACCUGGAGCCUGUACUGAGCAGCGGGAUGCAAAGUGCUGGUGAGAGCUACAAGGCUGAGCGCUGGCUUCUUCACAGCUUACAGGUUCACAUGCUAUCUGCUCAGCUGAGACCUCUGCUCCGGCAUCUGGGGCAUACACGUAAAUAUUAUAAUGAUGAUGCCUUUCUGCUGAGCGAGCCCCAUGUGACUGCCAUGUUCCAGUGUCUGGAAGCUGUGGAGCAGAAUAAUCCCAAACUGCUGGCCCAAGUUGACACUGUCGGGCUGUCCCCUCUGAAGGGCCCACCAUGUUUGGGCCUGUUGAAGAGCCAAAGCCUGUGUGUGCUGCCAGGGGCUGGUGGAGCUUGGAGGAACGCUGACUUGGCUCCCAGAGGAGAUUCUCUAAAUCGCAGACUCACCACCUCCAACUGCUCCCUCCGAGAAGCAGUCACCACCAGCCAUGUCUCUGGGAACGCAACGGGAGGCAGAUCCCAAAACAGCAACAGCACAAACACCAUCUCUCCAGCCAGCAGCCUGGGAGCUCCCUGGGUGUGUGUGUCCAGGCCCGGGGACAGCGAGCGAGGUGUGACACCCCCUCCUGGCUCCGUCCCAGUCCCCUCUAUUUCCCUCACAGAGUCCCCGUCGCCCACCUCCCUUCAGCCUGAGGGUGGGGACUCUGGUGAGGGUGACUAUGAUGAUGGACCUGAGUACCUUGCCAUUGGUAACCUGGGGCAACGCAGCCGCCGUGACUCCCGGAGCUCCACCCACAGCAGCGACCAGGGCGUCACACCCGACCAGGGCAUCACCCCGGACCAGUCCCUGCAACAGAGUUCCCUAGCUCCGCCCCCACCUAGACGCUCAUCCUUCUCAGAGGGCCAGAGGGGGACGGGCCGGGGGUCUAAAGGACACACCCGCUCAUUUUCAGACACAGGGAUCAAUCAAAAACUCAGGAAUGAAUCAGCAGAGGAUGACUGCUGCAUGAAGAAUUACAGCCCUUUCUCACCUCAACGCCAGGAUACCAGCACCCCCAGUUCCCUCUACAUGGAGUCCCAUGGGUCCCAGUACAGCAGUGUUCCAGAUGGGAUGUUCAGGAAGCCAUCGGAGGGUCAGAGUCUCAUCAGCUACUUGUCAGAGCAGGACUUUGGCAGCUGUGCUGACCUGGAGAAGGAGAAUGCUCAUUUCAGCAUUUCAGAAUCCCUCAUUGCUGCCAUUGAGCUGAUGAAGUACAACCUACGCCGUCAGGAGGAGGAGGGAGAAGAGGAGGGAGACAGCGACUGUGAGAUCCAGCAGCUCAAACAGAAGAUCCGCCUGCGAAGGCAGCAGAUCAGACGCAGCCGCCUGCCGCCCUGUUCAAACUCCCAGCACCUUUUCCACUCCACUGACAGCGGAGGCUCCAGGAGGAGCUCUCAGGACUCCUGCCAGGGCCUGUCAGACUCUGGCUCAGCUGAAGAGGUGGAGGAGUGCGAACUACGAGAUGGCUGUGAGGGUCAGUCCCUGCUGGCGGUGUCUCAGAACGGCCUCUCCCUGUCACUCGCCUCCCUCUUCUCAGAUGCAGACAUUAAACGCAGUGUAAGCUCCAGUGGCAGGUCUUUCCUCAGUUCAGAGUCCAUUGCUUCUUUUUGCAUUUUCAGCUCUCCAUCCUUCCUCCAGUCUAACUCCGCUGAGUCAGUAGCCAUGGGUUUACUCAAGCAGUUUGAAGGUAUGCAGCUUCCUGCAGCCUCAGAGCUCGACUGGCUGGUCCCAGAACAUGACGCUCCACAGAAGCUGCUGCCCAUCCCAGACUCUAUGCCAAUAUCACCUGAUGAUGGUGAACACGCAGACAUCUACAAGCUUAGGAUUCGGGUACGAGGCAACCUGGAGUGGGCGCCACCCCGACCACAAAUCAUCUUUAAUAUUCAUCCCGCCCCCAAGAGGAAGGUAGUUGUGUCUAAACAGAACUAUCGCUGCGCUGGCUGUGGCACCCGCAUCGACCCAGAUUAUAUCAAGCGACUGCGUUACUGUGAAUACCUCGGUCGUUACUUCUGCCAGUGCUGCCAUGAGAACGCCCAGGCAGUGGUUCCCGGCAGAGUGCUGAGGAAGUGGGACUUCAGCAAGUACUAUGUCAGCAACUUUGCACGGGACCUGCUGAGCAAGAUCGCCGGAGACCCGCUGUUCAACCCCAGUGACAUCAACAGUGGCCUGUACAAGAAGAUCAAAGCUCUGGAGGCUGUCAGGGUUUUGAGGAUGCAGCUGUUUCACAUGAAAAAUCUCUUCAAGACCUGUCGCUUUGCUAAAGAGGUGCUGGACCAGUUUGACAGCCUGCCAGGUCACCUGACCGAGGACCUUCACCUCUUUUCCCUCAAUGACCUCACUGCUGUUCGUAAUGGAGAACUGGCUCCCAGAAUGAAGGAGCUGCUUAAACUCGGUACCAUGCACGUAGCUGGCUGUGUGCUGUGCCAGGCGAAGGGCUUCGUGUGUGAGUUCUGUGGCAACGACAAAGACAUCAUCUUCCCCUUCCAGCUGAACAAGUGCCAGCGCUGCGAAGAGUGCCAUGCAUGUUACCAUCGCAGCUGCUUCCGCACAGGUAAAGACUGCCCUCGAUGUCAGCGGCUGGCAGAGCGGAGAGAGCGGAUGGCGCGCAAAAACAUGGAAGAGCAAGAAGACGAGGGAGGUGGGCCCUAGUGCUGGUAACAGAGGAAACUCUGAGACUCGAGAAGAGCACAAUGCGACCAUGAUUGUAGUGACCGACAACCUCUCUUUUCCGUUCCAGUCCUCUCAGACCUGGGUGACAAUAUUGCAAACAGAUGUUUUGGUCUCAAUAAAUUGCCAGAUGUGCAGUUUUUACUACAUCAGGACAUCAGUUGUGUUAGUGUGACAACUGUAAAUGAUUUUUUGAUGCAUUUAGUGAAUGCUAAGCCCCUUUCACACACUUUACUCUGUGAUUAGUGGUAGUUUUUUGGUGUCAGCCAGCGUUGCCAACUUGGUGACUUUCUUGCUAGAUUUAGCGACUUUGCAGACCCUUUUAGCACCUUAAUUUCUCAAAGGCAACUAGUGUCAAAUUUAGCGACUUUAUUGGACCACCAGUGAAAAAGAUAUUUUUUUGUCAGGCUGUCAAACCUGCUGAAGAGGAUUUCUUUAAGGACAAAUGGCUUUCAAAAAUUAUCUUUUUUUUCCUUUACUUGAUAUUGGUUUAUCUUCAAAAUGUAACUCCUAAAAGUGAUUAUUUAUAGACAUUUUUUGUACAUAAGUAAAAAUGUAGGAUUUAAAACCUUUAGUAGCCACUAAUUGUAGUAUGUGUGACAAAAAUCAUAAGUAUAGGUGACAAAAAACUCAAACUUACAAGUAUAUUUGAUGCUGACCUUGUUAUAUUUAUGUGUGAAAAGGGGCUGAGAUUCACUAAAUGUCUUGGCACUUCGUUCCUGUGUGGUAAAACAAUUACAUUUGAGAUUAAAGUAGAUCAGAUGUAUUUGCUCAGACGAAUGUACCCAGGUUUGAUAGUUUUCCUUCCUUCAAUUGCAGCUUCUGGCAACUGCUUCAACUCUGGUCAUUUUAAUGGCUACUGGCUUAGCUGAUUUUUGUGACCUAAAAUGGCAGGAUCUAUUUUUUAAAAAAAGUAAACAGCAAGUAAUUUUUUAACAUUUUGACUGAUUUUUCAGUGCAGAUACUGUAUUUGUGCAACCCUGCCCUUUAUGUUGAGGUUUUUAUUUUGAUUUGAAAAUACUGAAGAUAUUUAACUAAUCCGUUCUUUUCUCUGCGCCUUACUAUCCUGUUUUAAGCUCUUUUAGCCAUGCUUAUGUGCCUCUGGGACCAAUGAACUUAGACUGGUAGAGCUAGCGGAGUUACAUUGGAGAGUUGAGUUUAUUGAAAGACUGGACCUCAGAGUCAGUGUUGCAGAUAUUUUAAAUGAAACUACAAAUUCUCCAUUUUUGUGCUGCUUUGUGUGAUUGUGUGAGUGGUGACUAGAAAAAGCUGUGUGAUACGGAGUGCUUGUGUGUGUGCGCACACAUGUCUACCUGCUGUACAUGCAGCCAUGCACAACAUGGUUUGCACCAGCCUGAUCAGCACUUGUUUUCUAAUGUUGUAGGUUUUGGAACAAUAGGAGAGUCGAGUUAAUUGCACUGAUCCUGUCUGUCGUUGUUGGAGGGCUGAGUUGGGAGUCACUCUUUGGGGUUUGUUCAGAUGUUCGUUGUAAGAUCAUGAAUCGUCAUUGUAAAAUCUGUUUCCUUCAUGAAGCUCCUGUCACCUGGGUUGCAUGAAAAUGUGAAGGGGUUCGUCCAAAAUACGAAAGCCACAAUUUUAUAGCAAAAUCAUCACAAUUAAUGAAUUUAUUCAUAUUUGAGCACGUUUUUCUCCUCCAGCAUAUUUUAGCAGUCUAGUGCAGGGGUUCCCAAAUGUAUUGGUAUACUAUGCAGGAUUGUUAGUCACUAAUUGUUGUCAGAAAGUAAAAGUAAAAGCCAACCACAGAUUCAUUCUCAUUUGGAUUUUUGCCUCGCUAUAUUUGCGUUAGUUUCUGUGCUGUGUCCUUUGAAAGCCCGUUGCUUACAAUCUGUCUCCUGCUUGCUCCCUUUUUAUAAAGUCCGAACAUCACCUGAGCACUGCGGAGGUACACUCUCAUAAACAUCCCUAACACAGAAAAUGAGAAGAAAACAAGAAAAUACAGGCAAAGGGCAGAGACUCUACACCACCACACACUUCUGGUGGCAUCUUAAAUCAGGAUUAAGAUUAAGAUUACCUCUGUGUAAAUUAUUAUUAUUAUUUUUUAAAUCCUGCAUAGUAUAUUGUUAAGGUUCAGACAGUAUGCAUGCCUAAUAUGACCCUGGGGCCAGCAGCUGGUUAGUUUACUUUAGCUUAGCAUAAAAUCUGGAAACACCGGGAAACAGCUAGCCUAGCUCUGUUAAAAUCUGCCUGCCAACACCGCUAAAGAUCAGUAGUUCAGAUGGCAGUUGAACUAAACUGAGAAGCCCCAAAAGGUAGAAGUAUCCAGUAUUAAACUUGAACAAAGCAGACAUUGUGGAAAAGUCUGAUAUAAGAGAGAAAAGUUUUUUUUAUUUCUCUCCUCUAAGCACUUUAAAUCAUUUGGUGACCUCUCAGAUUUAUUCUGGGAACCCUUAGGGUUGAAACCACAGGUCUGUUAUACAUGUUAGAGACACGUCUCACAUGUUAAAUCUUGUUAGUUACGGCCCUGUAGAGAGUUAAAAAUAACCAACAGAGUAUGUAAAGAAAGUUGUGGGGGAAACAAAAAUGUAACCCACUGAUUUAAUCAAAGCCUUCACCCUGGAGUUACAGGUUUAUUUGCAGCAAGCUAUUAAUGGAUUAGUCUCCGCUCUACAUACCGUCCUCAACAGGCUUUGCUUUAUGUGAACGAUCCCUCACGUGGUCAUCACACUCUCAUGAGACAUGACUUAAAGCAAUAAAUGUGAAGUCCAUGUCCCUCAGCCCUCACAGACUAGAAUUAAAAAGAUAAACUGCGCCCACUUUUUCAGUUUUAACCAGGAAACACAGAACUGUUCAGUUCACGGCUCCUGAACCAAGUGGCCGCUCGACUCCACUGAAGAAGCUCCUCAACUCAGCAGAUUGUUUGUCCUUUGACUGCCUUUAACACAGAGGUGUGCGAAGGUUUAUAGUGCACUACAGAUUAACAUGUCUAUUAUUAAAAAUGUUAAUUAUUGUUAUUUUGAGGUAUUAUUUGUAUUAAUUUGUUUUGCUCUGUAAGUAUGUUGACAAUAAAAGACUGGCCAGACUGUU